AUGAAGCUCGUCGGCCGCCAGCUUGCAACUUCCGGUUCCUUCAAGACUGCGGAGCUGCCUUCCAGCAACGAUUUCUCCCUCGACGGGAUCUCCUCGGACCUCGCUCUGCAGCUCUACUUCCGAGCCAAGGCGGGAGCCCAAGCUGAUCAAUUCCAGAGCUUCACGGUACCGUCGGCAGUGCAGACGCGACUCGGCGCGCUCCAGCUCGAAUGGGGCCAGCUGCCUGGAAUCGCCCAGCGAGCGCUGCUCUGGGACUCGGGCUUUGCCGUGCCCCCGACCAACGAGGCCUUGCAGGUCUGGCCGCUCACCAUGGCCGACCUGGCCGUGCUGCUCGCCGACUUCCACGCCGUCGGCUGCGAGGAGAAGAAAUGCUCGCAGCCAGACAACAGCACGAGCUCCAGCAACUAUUACUGCACGGGGGCCGAGAUGGUGGCAGCAGCUCGGUGUGUCGUUGACGAUUUCGACGACAGCAGCAACCCAAACACUGCGAUGUGGGGGAUCGGAGGGGACCCCGAGGACGAGCCGUCGUACAACACGUGCGCUACGAGCGACGAGAACGGCGGCUUCGGGUCGCUCGUGUUCCCCUGCUACUUGGCUAGGAACGCAUCAGACGCCAUCAUCAGCAAGAGGCAGCAGGUUAACGGAAGCGCGUGGGUCUCUCGAUGGCUGGUUGAAGACUACUCGGUUAGCUCAGCGGAAGGCAUCGACAUGGUGCUGCUCAUUGCCAUAAUUUGUGGAGCCGUCGUCUUCGCUCUCGUUGUGCUGCUUGCUGUCGUCUAUCGGAGGCGGAAAUGUGCCUCUCAGCGUGAUUCUGGAGACCAACCUACGGCUCCAACGCUUGAGGACAGUGACACCGUGCCGGACCGACUUGUUGGCAAGCCAAACACCGUCGAUCCAGCGUAUCGGGACUUCACCUCGGAGUGGAAUCUCACGCUGAAGACGCUGCUGGGCAGCAAGUCUCUGACGGGCAAGUGCAUUCCGUACGAGAGCGUCAAGUUUGAGCGUGCGAUAUCCAAGGGAGCGCACGGAGAGGUGUGGCUCGGCGAGUACCAGGGCCAGCAGGUCGCUGUGAAGAGGCUCUUGCAGACAAAGACGCUCCAAGCGGACGAAGUGGAGGAGUUCGCCAAGGAGAUCGAGCUGAGCGCCAGUCUGGUGCACCACAACAUUGUGACGUUUAUCGGAGUGGCGUGGAACAGUCUCAGCAACUUGGUCAUGGUGCUCGAAUACCUCCCCACGGGCGAUCUGCAGAGGUUCUUGCGCGACAACCACGCCUCGAUGUCUUGGAACAAGGACUUGAUACGAGUCGCUGUCGGCAUUGGACGCGCUCUCGAGUACUUUCACUCGCGAUCUCCUCCGCUUAUCCAUCGAGACCUCAAGUCGAGGAACAUCCUGCUCACUGCGUCACUGGAGGCGAAAUUGAUCGAUUUUGGAGUGAGCAGAGACUGCCAGGAGCUGUCAAUGACCGCAGGAGUCGGCACUCCGUACUGGACAGCGCCCGAGAUUCUGGAGGGCAAGCGAUACACGGAGAAGGCUGACAUUUACUCGUUUGGCCAAGAGAACAAGCCUAUUCAGAUUUUGACGGACGUCAUGGUGGGGAAGCUGCGUCCGAGUUUCUCCGACAAGUGUCCGCCUCGAAUUCUUUGCAUUGCAGCAGAGUGUUGCCAGCUUGAUGCCUUUAAACGCCCCACGGCUACUGAAGUAGUGAAAAUGCUGCAAGAGACCGAAUAA